AUGGCUCCGAGGACGAAAGGAAGAGGUCAUGGGAAGGCUGUUGAUGAAACUAUGGGAGUGGCACCCGCGGAGGAAUCACAGAAUGAAAGCUCAUUUGCGCAACUUGCCGCAAAACAUUGGUUAAAGCCUUCGAAGAAGUCCGCGAAGGUCAAGGUCAAGCAGGACGUUAUCAAGAAAGAAAUAUGGGAUGUUUUAGAGCAUGAGCAUUUCUCAUUUAGGUCGCUUUUGAUACUGGAAAAUCUACAUAUCCUUGAGAAUUAUCUUUGGCCAGGUUAUUCAGAAGAUGCUUCCAAUUUUCACAUACUUCUCAUAGUCCUCAUCGUAAAUGUAAGGACUAGAGAACAUUUGCCUACUUGGGAUAUUUUUGCGGACAAUACACCCGAUUUCUCUACCCUCUUUCGACGAAUCUUAUCUAUGACAUUGGAUACUACCCUUUCUGCGACAAUACGAACAAAUCUCUUGUCAUUCAUAAUAAGUGCAUUUCAGUCUUUAGACAAUGGCAUAGUUCGGAAAGAAUGCGCACCUCUGGUGUCAAUAUCUAUCUGGCACAACAUUUCGAGCGAGAAGAAGAGAGAAAAGAUACUCGAUCACACUGUACAACUGAAGAAAGCUUGGAGGGCGGCAGCGAAACGAUACGAUGCCUCUGACGAGCCUACGAAAGCUCGACUUCGAUUUGAGCGCUCCUGGCUUUUAACUCUGAUUCUUGACUUUUUCAAUCAACUUUACGGGGAGAAAAUAAAGUCUGAAAACGUACAGUAUUGUGAAAGGUUCAUAGAGUUUUUAUCAGAUCUCCAGAGUCAAUUACCAACCAGGAGAUAUAUGAACACACUUUUACAAGAUUUGCACAUUCUCCCAACUAUCAGACUAUCUCCAGCAUUCAAUGACGAGGAGAACGGGCUUCUACGAGAUCUUUAUGCUCUUCUUAAGCAUUAUACAUACUUUGCAAUUAAUGACCAUACAGGUGCUCAGCAUAGCCGCACGGAAGCAUAUGAACGCCAUUGUGCAACUUUAGCGUCCCUGCAGAGGACUGCACUCAAACACUUCAAGGACAAGCUGACUAUCCUUGCUUUGUCCAAUUAUUCGUCCAUCGACAAGCGGGUGGAGCUUGAGGGUCAUUUAGAAUCCCUUACAGAUGCUGAGAUGACAGAGCUCUGCGAUCAUCUUGAUUUGCGGACAUCUUAUCCGCCAUCUACCAAGGUUGUUGUAGAUCGUGGAUUCCUUGUGGAGAUUCUUCUAUCGACACAUGAAAAGCGCAAGACGUUCCAAGAAACCGCCCGUGACUUGAGCAUCCUUCCAACAGAGAGUACUCUUUUUGAAAGAACCCUGCUCAGAAAUGAUGGAUUUGAUGGGUCACAACCCUUGGCAAUCCCGAAGCUGAAUUUGCAAUAUUUGACCGUUGGAGACUUCUUGUGGCGAUCAUUUAUAUUGCAUCGAUGUGAAUCGUUUUACGAGAUCAGACGAGAUGUCGAGGACACAAUAAAACGACUCCGACCUGUAGCUGGCAGAACAGGGCAAACAAGUUUUGAAGGAUUUUCCAAGAUGGCACUGCCGAUAACGAAACCUUCUAUUCUUGAAGUGGUACCUCCCCUUGUAGGAGACGACAACCCAGCCGUCGUCCGGGCCGAAGUCACACUUGAUGUCAGUCGCAUGGCUGAAAACAUUCGUCGAGAAUGGGAUUCAUUACGGCCCGAUGACGUGAUCUUCCUGCUUUCCGUGCAAGCCACUAAUGAGUCUGCUAUGAUCUCGAACAGCGGUGCGACGCCUUCGGACGCGCAAAAUUCAGGUCUGAGAUAUCUCCGCGCUGCCGAAGUCAUCCAAGUUCAAGAUGAUCAUGGGCGCUCGUUAAUGAACUACAAUGGUCAAGUGAAUGGUAAUGCUCGCGCUGGUUCGCGAAGACUACAGUUGAAACUCGACGCAGCCAUGUAUAAAGAGGACAAAGAUCGCGUCGAUAAAGGCAAGCCUGAUAUUUACGAGACUAUGAACGUUAUUGUUCGCAGAAGAGGACGUGAAAACAAUUUCAAACCCAUCCUCGAAUCGAUAAGAAGUCUUACCUUAUUUGACGUCCCCCUGGCUCCUUGGCUCCAUGAGGUAUUUCUAGGCUAUGGUGAUCCUGCGGGAGCCAGUUAUACUAGACUAUCAAAUCAGCUCAAAAAGGUCGACUAUCGAGACACAUUUCUUGACUGGCAACAUCUUAUUGAAAGCUUACCCGGUAGGACGGUUGAGCCAAGCGAUGAUGUUACGGGUAGUUUUGGACCACCCUACGUUUUGCAAACGGUGGCGAAAGCUGCUGAACCACCAGCCAGACCAACGAAAAAGAGACGCAGAGAAGCAGAACCUACACCAAAGGAGGAGCCACAAGCCAUCCAGGUCUCUUCUUAUAAACCUCCAAGUACAGGACCAUACCCUAUGGACGCCCCUAAAUUAAAUCAAGUCCGUUUUACCCCUACUCAAAUCGAAGCAAUUAUCUCUGGCACGCAACCCGGUCUCACCGUUAUUGUUGGUCCUCCAGGAACUGGCAAGACGGAUGUUGCAACCCAGAUCAUCAACAAUCUAUAUCACAACUUCCCUAACCAGCGCACUCUUCUUAUUGCGCAUAGUAAUCAGGCGCUCAAUCAAUUGUUCCAGAAAAUUGUUGCUCUGGAUAUUGAUCAACGCCAUCUUCUACGGCUGGGGCAUGGUGAGGAGGAACUAGACACUGAAACGAAUUUCAGUAAACACGGACGUGUCGAGUCUUUCCUUGAAAAUAGAGAUGGUUACCUUAGAGAGGUUGAUCGUCUUGCUGCCAAUUUUGGCGCCCCAGGUGCUCAUGGAAGUUCAGCAGAGACAGCUGGGUACUUUAACUCAGUUUACGUUGAGCCGGCAUGGACAAGAUUCCAGGAAGUUAUGAAGGGUCCGGAGUUAACAUCUGAGUCGAUUGUCUCUGCAUUUCCCUUUCACUACUACUUUUCGAAUGCCCCUCAGCCUCUUUUCCCUCCUGGUGCUGAUAAGGAUGCCGUCGUUGAUGUAGCUACGGGAUGUUAUCAUCAUAUUACUAAAAUAUUCGCGGAGCUUGAAGAUGUUCGACCAUUUGAGAUACUGCGACGCGAUCGGGAUAAGGCGAACUAUCUUCUUACUAAUGAAGCUCGAAUCAUUGCGAUGACAUCUACACAUGCAGCCAUGAGAAGACGUGAAAUAUCAUCACUUGGCUUUCACUACGACAAUGUUGUGAUGGAAGAGGCAGCUCAGAUCACUGAAAUCGAGAAUUUCAUACCUAUGGCGUUGCAGAAGCCAAACAGUGGCAAAACUCCUCUUCAGCGUGUAGUUUUAUGUGGUGACCACUUCCAAAACUCUCCCGUCAUUCAAAAUCUUGCAUUCCGCCACUACGCAAACCUUGAACAAUCGCUCUUCUCUCGCCUUGUUCGCUUGGGCGUUCCAACCAUCAAUCUCGAUCAACAAGGUCGUGCUCGUCCGUCUAUUGCAUCUCUCUACUCCUGGCGCUACAAAAACCUUGGUAACCUACCAAUCGUAUCAACCACGCCUGAAUAUCAAACCGCAAAUGCGGGUUUCAAAUACGACUAUCAAUUCAUUCAAGUACCUGAUUACAAAGGCAAGGGUGAAAUGGAGCCAACUCCUCAUUUCAUUCAGAACUUAGGAGAAGCAGAAUAUGCAGUCGCCAUCUACCAGUAUAUGCGAUUACUUGGAUAUCCAGCUUCGAAGAUCAGCAUAUUGUCCACAUAUGCUGGUCAGCGUGCACUAAUCAAAGAUGUCCUAUCGCAUCGAUGUGCAAAGAACCCUCUAUUUGGUCUCCCAAAAAUCGUCACAACAGUCGAUAAAUAUCAAGGAGAACAAAAUGACUAUGUUAUUCUUUCCCUCACUCGUACAUCACGCGUCGGCUAUCUUCGCGACAUCAGACGUCUUACGGUUGCACUGUCUCGCGCUCGCCUCGGCCUUUAUAUUUUGGGACGACGGGAGAUCUUUGAAUACUGUUUUGAGCUAAAACAAGCCUUUGAUAUCUUAUUAUCUAGACCUGAUAAAUUGAUGCUGAGUACCGGGGAGAUGUGGCCAAGUCAGAGGAUACUGACAGAUGAGGAGGGACUAGAGUCGGUACAAGGUGAAGCAGUGAUGGAGGGAUUAGAACAUCUAGGUCAAUAUGUUUUUGAGAUGACCAACUCUAAGAUAAGGCAGUUGAGAGAAGAGAGGGGAUUGCCGGAGGGUGGAGCUGAGUCUCUAGCCGUUAUUGAGGAGGGAAAGGUGGUUGGGGAUGGCGAUGAGGAUGGAGAGAGGUUCGAGGCUUUGGAGGAAGAUAAUGAGCUUCCUGGAGGUGAAGAUGAAUUUGAUGGCGUUGAUUGA